CUGUUUAUCUGCAAUUGAGUGGCUGAUCCGACAGUAAAUAAAAAUUUGAGUUAAAAUUGAGUCGCACAGUUAUUGCAAAUACUUCAUAGUACUUCAUAGCAAUCAAAAAACACGCCCAACGAUGGCGAACCGCGCGCCCAUGCUGAGAAUCGGGCAGCAAGAUCUAAAGUGUCGACAGGGCUGUGGCUUCUACGGCAACACACAGUUCGAUGGACUCUGCUCGAAAUGUUUUCGCGAGCGCAACGAUAAGCAGCGCAAAAGGCAAAAAGCUGGCGAGGAUCAUGAAACAUUAAAAGUGAAUGCCAGUUCCGCUGGCGGAACUUUAGAGCGCAAAUCGCCGCAGCAUUCGCUCUCACUGGGUCGGGCAAAUAAAACAAAGAAGCAACCAGAGAAAGAGGAGACGCCAGCAGCAUCCAGCACAAUGCCCAGAAAAAAGUUCACUGUUCCGGCAGUGCUACAAAAGACGCUGAAAAACAAAUUCCCAGCUAUUGCACCACAGCCCCGUGUGCCAAGUGCCACCGAGAGCCAAUUUAUGUUGCAGCUGCGGCAACUGCGGAUCCCGGACGAUGGCAAACGGAAGCUAAAAUCCGAAAUUCAGCGGCUGGAUCAUGAGAUACGAAAAUACAUGAACAACAACAGCAGCAAGAACGUAGACGAGCUCUCCGAUCUCGUGCAAAACGCCUACACCAGAUUCGCGGAUGUUGUGCACAACGAUGCACGCUUUGAGAUUGCUACCAACGAGGAUCGAGAUAUUGCCAUUGACUUUUUUGAAAAAGUUGUAAUGACACAGAAUCACAAUUUGCUAUUUAGUCCGUACUUCACCACAGACGAAGAAAGCGAUAUCAAAGUGCAAAAGCGCAUACGUCAAUUAAGUUGGAUAACGACCAAACAUCUGGACUGCAGUAUUGACGAAGUGAAUGCAGAGGCACGUGACCUGGUCUACAAUGCCAUAUCGGAACUGGUGGGAAUCGACUCGUAUUACUCGCCGCAGGAGAAGCUCCUGUGCACUGUCCGCUGCUGUCGUCACAUAUUUGAGUUAUUAAAACGUGCCACGGGCGGACCAGCUAGUGCCGAUGACUUCUUGCCGGCUCUAAUUUUUGUGGUGCUGAAAGCGAAUCCCGUCCGUCUGCAUAGCAAUCUCAACUUUGUCAAUCGUUUCACCAACGCCUCGCGCGUCAUGAGCGGCGAGGGUGGCUAUUAUUUUACCAAUCUCUGUUCAGCCAUUGCUUUCAUUGAGAAUCUAAAUGGUGAGAGCCUAGGCAUCAGCGCCGAGGAGUUUGAUGCAUAUAUGUCGGGCGAACAGACUUACAGUACACCGUGGGAGAGUGCGCUGCUGGCCUGUGAGAGUCUGCAUCUAAUCUCGGAGAAUAUGAAGUGCAUGGAGCAAUUACAGAAACGGAACUCUGUUAUAAGCACAGGCAUUAAGGAUUUUCAGCGCGAGCUUAUAGAGUUCCAGCGUGAGGUGACGGAAAAGGUGGAUACAGUCAUGGCCAAGGCACCGCUUACACUGCUGCCCAUUAAAACGCCACCGUUUCUCAUUAGCCAGGCGCGUGCUCAUUUAGCCCAGGAUGGCGUUGAAGCCGCUGCUGGUCACUAUCAGUCUAAUUUACUCAGUCUAAGUCCGCAAACAAUGACAGUUAAAGGAAAGGAACAGAUACUCGAGGAUUCUCAAUUGGAAGUCGCGCAUACAUUGGCCCUUAAGGAUACUAGCGUGGGCUCCGUGGGACGUCUGUCGCCUUUACAUCCGAAUUUACCGCAACCAGAUCAGCUGUUUGCUUCGCCCAUAUUUAGUUAUACACCCUUCGACGCAGUCUCGCUGCUGGAGGAAUCAUCUGAAAAUGACGACGUGUUGAUGUUGGGCACAGAAUUUCAUGGAGGCCUAACGAAUAUCAACUACGAUUUCGAUUUAUCUGAUCAGAGCGGCGAGAACAGCGUCGCAGAUGAGUCCAAGUUGAAUCUAGAUGAAUUUGAUCCGCUGGUGCAGGAGCGGAAUACCCCAGCUGAGACAACCUUAUUGGACACCACGGCCGAUAGUUUAAUAGACAGUGAUGUGCCAGUAUCAGAGGUACUCUUGCCGUCCCCCCUGAAACCAGAGGUGGCCAACUAUCGCGGCUUCUCAAAUUUUGAGAUUCCAAGCAUUUCCUGUAACACUGGCGACUUUAGUUCCCUCAAUCAAGAUGUUAACGAUCCUGUUCCGCUAGUUCAGAGCAACAAAUAAAUAUACUCUACGCUCGUGGCCAUCUAUAAAUAGCACAACUGCUAUUAUUUAUUUAUAUUGAUAAUAGCGAUAUUUUUAGGAUAUAUAAUAAACAA